CGGCAGAGGAGGAAGGAGCAGGAGACCAUUCCCAAGGACAUCUGCUGGGCACAGCUCGAGAGAGCGCCUCCCCAGCAACGCUUCAGGAAGCACCUUGCCUGGAUCACAGGCCACACUUUCAGCUGGCGAACUCACUAUGAAAGACUCUGUUCAGAUGGUGCCCCUGUGGGGGAGACAAGCCCCACCCCACAGCAUCACAGCUAUCCUCAUUGCAGAUGACCAGAGAACUAUCGUCACAGGGAGCCACGAAGGCCAAGUCUGUCUUUGGGACCUGUUGCCAGAUCUCCAGAUUUCAUCGAAGCAGAUGCUUUUGGGGCACACGGCAUCAGUGACAUGUCUGGCAAAAGCAAGGGAUUUUGAGAAGCAACCAUACGUGGUCAGUGCUACUGAGAAUGGAGAGAUGAGCAUUUGGGACAUCACCAGUGGACAGUGUGUAGAGGAUACAAGGCUUCCAUUUUGGCACACAGCCAUCUGUUAUUACCACAGCUCAUUUCGCAUGACAGGAGAGGGCUGGCUGCUCUGUUGUGGGCAGUAUCACGACAUCCUCAUUAUUGAUGCAAUAACCCUGGCUGUGCUUCACACAUUAACCUCUUCUUCCUCUUCGGACUGGAUCAGCUGCAUGUGCUUAGUGCAUUCUCUGAGGAUUCAAGAGGACUCUUUACUGGCAGUGUCUGUGGCAGGAGACCUUAAAGUCUGGGAUCUGUCAUCUUCGAUCAGCAGGAUACAGGAGAAGCAAAGCAUUUAUGAAAGAGAAUCCCAGUCUCUGAACUGUACACUCUGCAAUGCAAUCCGAUUUUGCACUUACACGGAGAGGCUUCUCUUAGUGGUAUUCUCCACCUGCUGGAAGGUGUACGAUUACUGUGACUUUUGCUUGCUGUGGACUGAAUGUAGCCCAAGCAGCCAGUCCUUGGCAGGGGGGGAAAUCCUCGCUGCCCACAGGUUGAUUGUUUGGACAGACGAUGGGCGUGGCUACAUUUACCAGCUGCUGAACAGUGGUCUUUCACAGAGCCUCCAGCCAUCCAAAGGAAGGGUGCUGAAAGAAACAGUCCAUCCUGUUCUACUCUGUUCUACUGAUGUGGAGGAUAACAAGAGUUUCUCUUACAUCAUGGGCUUCAUGAACGAAAGGAAGGAACCCUUUUAUAAGAUCCUUUAUUCUGGACAAUCUUCUGGGAGGAUUACUUUAUGGCAUGUUCCCGAUGUGCCUGUUUCAACUCUAGAUGGCUCUCCAAAAGUAAUCCCAGUAGCAGCAUCCAGGACCCUGCAGGAUAACUUCAACGCCCACAGUCAGAUAGCUGAAGGUACCCCUGGUCACCUCUGGGGAGCUACCAUCACGGUUUCUGAAUAUGUUUCCAGCCUUGAGAAGUUGGUCUGUGGAUGCGAAGAUGGCAGAAUCAUCAUAGUGCCAGCUCUGCACGCUGCAAAGGCCAGGCUGUUGGGAGACAGUUCCUUACGGAAAGACGCCGCUGCCACCGCGCCCCGCGUGCUGAGCGGCCCCGGCGGCAGCAGCGUGACGGCCCUGCUUGCUCUGCCCGGCCGGCCGGCGCCCCGCUGGCUGCUCUCCGGGAGCCGGGACUCCAGCGUCGUCUGGUGGGACCUCUUCACCGGGGGGGCGCUGCACCACUUCGCGCUGGACGCGGGACCCAUCGCCCGCCUCCUCCUCUCGCCGGACAGCUGCAGGCGGAAAGGUCACCGGCUCGUGUGCUGCGUCUGCAGCGACCACUCCGUCGCGCUUCUGCACGUGCAAGAGCGCGCCUGCCUUUUGCGUGCCAGGAAACACCUUUUUCCCGUGACGGUGUUACGAUGGCACCCCGCGGAGAAUCUGCUGGUCGUUGGCUGUGAAAAUGAUUCCGUCUCCGUUUGGGACAUCGAAACAGGAAGUCUGGAACGCCAUGAAAGCGGGGAGAUGGCCAAAGCGAUCCUUGCUUCCUGUGAAGAUUCUGGUCCUUCAGCAGCUGACCCUCUUUACACAGCCUCCUUGGAAGAAGAUGCCCACAGAGAGAAAGGUCUGGGUGGGCCAUUGUCCAGCUCCUCUGCAUUUGGCAGUUUUUCCUGCAACAGACUUGCUCAUCAAAGGUCUUCCCGUCAUAAGUUAACUACUCUCUCCUGGGCUCAGGGGCCUUUUGCUAUUUGGCCACUGAAGACAACAUGGGAGAGCAUAAAUGUCAAUGUGCUCCUUUUUGAUUUGGAGAAGCUAGUGGAAUUGCUCUGCUCCUCCCAGGUCAGUGGGCUGAAGUCCUCCAAUUCGUUCAACACUUUUGACACCUUGAAGCGAGCCAGAAGCUCAGCUGAGAAAAGGACGCUGAUGCUAAAGAGAAACAGAACUUCUGGGUCACUCUCCCCAGUGGAUGGACAAGUCAGAGCUCCUAGCGGGGAACAAAACUUUGGGGAGAAGCAAGCGGCUGGAACUCUGGAACAAAGUGGUGGCAUCAAAAGACACAAAAAAGCGAAGAGUUCCAAGAAGGCGAAAAGGCCGUCCUCUGGAAAAACUGGCAUGGCUGUGGCCACAGAUGCAGCCAAACUCCUUUUGUCCUGUAUCUUCCCUUGGGGUGUGAACAGAGAGUUGGACAGUCUUUGUGUUCGGUAUUUAGGUAUCUUGAGACUUUUCUCUCCAGUCUCCUUUGGACGACUUUCAAAAGACAAUUAUCUCGCCCUGAUGUUGCCAGGAUGGAGCAGUGCUAAUCCGGGAAGGGUGGAAAAGCAGCAGGAGGUGGUCAACUUGUUUUCUAGCAAAGUGCUGCCUUUAUAUACUAAAUACUAUAGCGUAACCCAAGAGCAAGCAGGCAAGAAGAAUGGAUACCAAAAUACUGUUGCUUCUACCGAGCAAAGACUAACUCUGGCUUAUUUGUUGAGCAGGAUGUCUUCAGUGCAAAGGAUAAUUAACAUGCCUUCAGAAGAGGCCAGUCCCAUGAAACUGGAGUCGGUGCACAUCAAAUGGAGACCUGCAGCAUCUCUGGGGCUGGCUGAUUUUAACCCAGAGUCUUCUCAACACACAUUGAGGUUUCCUGUUUGUGAGUCAGAUAAUCGUUCAUUUGUCAAGCUAAUUUCUUGCUGGAAAGACCAAUCCAUAGAGGUGAUGGAGGCCACUCAGGCGGCUUUGCUGGCUGAAGUCCAGCAGAGCAUGCAGCAGAAGACCUUGGCUGGGGGCUGUGGGCAAACAAAUUCCAGUGGGCAGGGGUCAGCGAACGGCCAGCCAGAGGGGGCCAAGAACCUGCCUUUGCUGGUUGGCUACUCUCACUUCGUCAAUGCUCAGUUACAAGCGUAG